UUGUGGCCAAGGCUCUCCACAGGGGUGUAGGGGACCUGGGUUUCAUUCUCUGUCUCAUAGGAUGGGAUUUUCAAUCCCCUACGAGAGCCUUGAGGUCAAACCCUGGUGGAUUCCCAUGGGACUCGAGCAUCUCAGUGGGAGUUGAAAAGCUGAGGGUGAAUCUCUGUGCCUCGGUUUCCCCAUCUGUAACAUGGGGAUAAGAACCCUUUCUCGGUCUGCUUUGGCCAUUUCAAGUGUAAGGGUUCCCCUCUGGAUCUGUGCAGCGCCCCGCACAAUGGGGCCCUGAUCUCAGUGGGGGUAAUGAGAGCGGCAGGGCUUUAGGGGUAGAAUGGGCUGGCAGGGAGAGGGGUUCAGUCCCAGGAGGUUCCAUGGAGGAGGCAGAUCCCCACCCUGCGCUGUCUCCAUCCAUCUCCCCCCUCUCCGCACUGCAGGUCGAUCCAGUGACAGACACAGCCAUGGCCCUGAGGGGACCCCGCCCUGCGCUCCUGCUGCCCCACAUCCUGCUGUCUGGUUCCUUGGGCCUGAUUGGGGAACGUAACAAGUAUGAGCAGUUCAAGAGGAAGCACGUUGAUUUCCCUAAGACCAGUAACACCCACGGCAAGACCUAUUGCAACUACAUGAUGAAGGAACGCAACAUGACCAACGAUACCUACUGCAAACCCGUCAACACCUUCAUCCACGACACUGAACAAGCCAUCAAAGCCAUCUGCAAAGAGAAAGGGAUACUCGUCAAAGACAACAUCUACAAGAGUAAUACAACCUUCAAACUCACCAUAUGUAAGCUGAAGUCUCAAAAUGGCCAGUCCUGUACAUAUGAGGAAGAAGAAGAGACUUCCAUGAUCUGCGUGGGUUGUAACGAAAAGCACCUGCCUGUGCACUUCGAAAACAUGACACUAGCAGCAUCUAUGUCUCUAGAGAAGAUCCAAACCCAACUGGGUCGCACCUCGACUGGGCUGCCCCGCACCCACAUGGAGCGCAAGCAGGGAGCGGCUCUGAAACCUCAGCUGGGGCCAGAGAGCUGAGCACAAGAGGGGACAAACAACAGAAUCAAACCUGUAUGGCCCCCGCCAGCGCAAGCAACCUGCCCCAACGGGGAACCCCCUGCUACCCGUAGCGCCAAUUACACAGUAUAGCCGCCCC